AUGCCACCCACCCCCACCCCUCGCCGGAAGUGGCUCGAGACGGAGCUGGUUUUUAGUGUGCAGGACCGCCGCAAUCGGGCCCGCGCGUUGCAAGAAAUACGUCAGAGGAAAGCCGCCCUCUUGUCCCUCAGCACGGCGGAUGUGGCACGGCGACUGCGGGCCAUGCAUCCACCGGAAGAAAUUAUGGACAGCUGCGGCAAUAAGAAGGAAGCGGAAAAAAAGCAUUCGAGGCCCCUUCACGCUGAGGACGCCUCUCAGAUGUUUCGCCCUCCCAUGUCCUACGAGCAGUGGCUGGAGGAAGGCUUUCCGGUGAGCUGCUGGAGACCCCUGCUUUCCACCGAGUUGUACCACCCACUGGAGGCGGAGCAGCAGUACCUAAGCAAGAAGUAUAGCGUCGCCCCGAAGAUCAAAGUAAAGCCUGGCGAUGCGGCAGCCAAGCGGGGGAGCGAUUAG